UGCUGCGCGAAUCUUCUGUGUCCCUCCAUUGAUUGUUCGUCAAUCCGAGACCACCCUCUUUUUCAUCGGGAGACGUCGGUAAUCCGAUGUUGCUCAAGCCCUUGUGGCGCCAUGGAGCGGCGGUUUUCGCUCGCCAACAAAAUGUCGUGUCGAUCGGAGCUCGAAGCGUUCUGCUCUCCGAACCAGACAGUACGAGAAAGUUCCACACUUCGCGAGCACUCCUCAAACGCGACUACUAUGAAAUUUUGGGAGUCGCUCGGAACGCCAGUGCGAAAGACGUGAAGAAAGCCUACUAUCAGCUGGCAAAGAAGUAUCAUCCCGACACGAACAAAGGUGACAAGGACGCGGCUAAAAAAUUCCAGGAAGUCUCAGAGGCAUACGAAGUUCUGAGUGAUGACAGCAAGCGGAAACACUACGACCAGUUCGGCACGGCGAGCUCACAAGGAUUUGGAGGAGGCCCAACUGGGGGUCGUGCAGGGAGCGGCGCCUAUCAGCAGUACCAGUAUCAAUCGAAUAUCGACCCUGAAGAGUUGUUCAGGACGAUAUUCGGUGACUUCGGACAAGGGAGGUCCAAUUUCGACCCUUUCGGCGCUCAGGAAACCUCGUUCGGCUUCGGCCGUGCGCAAGAAGUCAUUCUCAAGAUGAGCUUCGAGGAAGCUGCGCGAGGUGUCGCCAAAGAUGUCACCGUCAACGUGGCGGAUACCUGUCCAAAGUGCGAGGGAUCGAGGUGUGAAACCGGUACCAAAGCACAAGUUUGUCAGUUUUGUCACGGAACCGGUAUGGAGACGAUAUCCACGGGUCCCUUCGUCAUGCGUUCCACAUGUCGAAAGUGCGGGGGCACCCGUAUGCACAUACCCUACAAGUGCUCCGAAUGUGAGGGCAAGGGCGAGACCGUCCAACGGAAAACCGUGACGAUUCCCGUUCCGGCCGGAGUCGAAGAUGGCCAAACGAUUCGGACGUCCGUCGGGAGAAAAGAGCUCUUCGUCACGAUUCGCGUGGCGCAGUCGAGAGUCUUCAAGCGAGAUGGCAGUGACAUCCACAGCGAUGUUCCGGUAUCGAUAGCGCAGGCUGUUCUGGGAGGUUCGGUGAAUGUAACGGGAAUUUACGAAGACAUUCGACUGAAGAUCAGUCCGGGCACUUCAUCGCACACGAAGAUCCGCAUUUCCGGUAAAGGUCUCAAACGAGUCAACGCAAGAGGCAACGGAGACCACUACGUCAACAUCAAGAUAGAGGUUCCCACCUCUCUGACGCCGGAGAUGAAAGCUCUAAUGCAGGCUUUUGCCGAGGUCGAUAAGAACUCGGAGCGAUUCGGCAGCGUAGGUGACAGCAAGUCAAAGGAUCAGACCCGAGGCGAGAAGGUCAACGACAAGGAUGCAGAUGACGGAAUUUUGUCGAAAAUUAAGAAAGCCAUUUUUGAGUGGCUCCGUUGACGGAUGAGUUGGUAGGAUCUUGAAAAUGCUUGGUGCCUUUU